AUGGAGACUGUCGAUACGAGCCACAGGCUCUCGCAGCUGCGGGACCUGAUGAAGCAGCACAAAGUCGAUGUGUACAUUGUCCCUUCAGAAGAUAGCCAUCAGUCGGAAUACAUAGCACCCUGCGACGCUCGGCGUGAGCAUAUCUCUGGCUUCUCAGGCUCAGCAGGCACCGCAGUCAUCACACUUGAUAAGGCAGCAUUAGCAACAGACGGGAGGUACUUCAACCAAGCAUCGAAGCAGCUUGACUCGAAUUGGCUGCUUCUGAAGCAGGGGCUCGAGGACGUCCCCACAUGGCAAGAAUGGACUACAGAACAAGCAGAAGGAGGGAAAGUAGUAGGUGUUGACCCGACGGUCAUUACAGCGUCAGAAGCUCGCAAGCUGGGCGAAACACUGAAGAAGAAAGCACACGCAAGCCUUGUCGGCGUAGACCAGAACUUAGUCGACCAGAUAUGGACCAAGCGACCAGCGCGGCCAGCAGAGAAAGUCAUUGUUCUCUCGGAGGACUAUGCCGGCAAGAGCUUCAAGGACAAGAUAUCAGAGCUACGAAAGGAGAUUGCGUGGCUCUUCAACUUGCGCGGCAAUGACAUUCCCUACAACCCAGUCUUCUUCUCGUAUGCAGCCAUAACCCCCAAGAACGCAACGCUAUAUGUCGACGAAUCGAAACUCAGCGAGGAGGUGACAGACUAUCUGGGUCAAGCAGUGGACAUAAAACCUUACGAUGCCCUGUUCUCUGAUCUCGCCGCGAUUAGUGAGAAUGCGAUUGCUGAGGCUCAAGCCAACGGGGAUUCCGAAUCGACGUCCAAAUCCAAGCCUAAGAAGCUGUUACUAUCCAACAAGUCCUCAUGGGCACUAAGUCUGGGCUUGGGUGGAGAAGACAAGGUCGAGGAGUCACGGAGUCCUAUCUCAGAUGCUAAAGCUAUCAAGAACGACACUGAGUUAGAAGGCAUGCGACAAUGUCACAUCCGUGAUGGCGCUGCACUGAUCGAAUACUUCGCGUGGCUUGAAGAUGAACUUGUCCACAAGGGCACAAAGCUCGACGAGGUACAAGCUGCUGACAAGCUCGAGAAGAUUCGGUCCAAGGGCGAGCAUUUUGUUGGUCUCUCCUUUCCCACCAUCUCCUCAACCGGACCCAACGCUGCUAUCAUACACUACGGUCCCGAGCCCGGCAAUUGCUCGGUGGUAGAUCCCAAGGCCAUCUACCUCUGCGACUCCGGCGCGCAAUACCUGGACGGCACUACAGACACCACCCGCACACUCCACUUCGGUACACCAACAGAUAUGGAAAUCAAAUCAUACACACUUGUUCUCAAAGGCGUCAUCGCACUCGACCGGUGCGUCUUCCCGAAAGGCACAACUGGUUUCGCGAUCGACGCUUUUGCACGCCAGCACCUAUGGCGCGAGGGUCUUGACUAUCGUCAUGGCACAGGCCAUGGAGUCGGCUCCUUCCUCAAUGUCCACGAAGGUCCCAUCGGCAUCGGCACUAGAUCUGCAUAUUCCGAGGUGUCACUAAGCAUUGGCAAUGUUGUGUCUGACGAGCCAGGAUAUUACGAAGAUGGCAACUUCGGUAUCAGGAUUGAGAACAUGAUCAUGGCGAGAGAGGCGAAGACGAAUCAUAAGUUCGGCGACAAGCCGUGGAUCGGAUUCGAACAUGUGACAAUGGUUCCGAUGUGUCGUAAAUUGAUCGAUCCGUUAGUGUUGGACCCGGAGGAAAGGCAAUGGCUCAACGACUACCACAAGGAGGUAUGGGAGAAGACGAGCUCGUUCUUCGAGAAGGAUCAGCGCACGACGGCGUGGCUGCAAAGAGAGACGGCGGUGAUUUGA